AUCGGAGCCACAGCCGUCGCCGUCGCCGCCGCGGUUCGUUGAUCGCCGUCCGUCGCCGGCGCACCACUCGCCGGGAUCCGAUCGCAUAAGUACCACACCCACUAUGUCGUCCCCUUCCUCGGCCCAUUGGCUGAGCUUGGUCGGGAGCGUCUGGCUCCAGACCAUCAACGGCCCCAACGCCGACUUCCCCGUCUACUCGUCGCAGCUCAAGGAGGUCAAGGGCAUCUCCCAGGUGCGGCUCAACUUCCUGGCCUUCGCCUCCGACGCCGGGAAGCUCUUCGGCUGGCUCGCCGGGGUGGCCGCGCUGCGCCUCCCGCUCUGGGCGGUCGCGCUCACCGGCGCCACCUUCGGCCUCGUCGGCUACGGCGUCCAGUUCCUCUUCCUCGAGAGGCCCGGGCUCGCGUACUGGCACCUCUUCCUGCUCACUUCCCUCGCCGGCAACGGCAUCUGCUGGAUCAACACCGUGUGCUACCUCCUCUGCAUCAGAAACUUCCCCGCCGACAGCCGCGUCGCCGUCAGCCUCGCCACGAGCUACCUCGGGCUCAGCGCCAAGCUCUACACCACCGUGGCCGAGACCCUCCCCAGGGCGGCCAGGGCCAGGUACUCCACCACCAAGGUGUACCUCCUCCUCAAUGCCGUCGUCCCGAUGGCCGUCACGCUCGUGGCGGCGCCGUCGCUCCGGGUGGUCGGCCUCAAGGACCGCAAGAGGAGCAAGGCGCCGUUCCUCGCCAUGUUCACCAUCACCCUGGCCACCGGAGCCUGCGCCAUCGUCGGCAGCGUAGGCGCCAAGUCCAUCGGCCUCUCGACCAGGGAGCACAUGAUCAGCUUCUUCGUGCUGCUGGCCCUGCCUCUGCUGAUCCCGGUGGUGCUCAGGAUCCGGGAGAGCAUGGCCAAGAUACGGGAGGCCAAGUGGGAGAACCGGGUCCACGACCACGACUCCGACGGGCCCGAGACGGCGGUGUCGGUGGUCGAGCUUGCUCAGGUGGAGGACAAGCAAGAGGAGGAGCCGCAGGGGCAGGAGCCCGAGCAACAGAGGGCUACUGGUCAAGAGGAGGUCGGCGGCCUCCGCCUGCUGAGGAAACUUGACUUCUGGCUCUACUUUUUCAGCUACAUGUUCAGCGGCACCCUGGGGCUGGUCUUCCUCAACAACCUAGGCCAGAUCGCCGAGUCCCGAGGACUCGCCGACGCCUCCACCCUGGUCUCCCUGUCCUCCUCGUUCGGCUUCUUCGGUCGCCUCCUCCCCGCCUUCUUGGACUACUACACUGCCAAGAGAGGCUGCUCCCUGUCGAGAACGGCGUCCAUGGCGUCGCUGAUGGCGCCCAUGUCCGGCGCCUUCUUCCUGCUGCUGCACCCGCGGGACAUGUUCCUGUACGCCAGCACGGCGGUGGUCGGCACCUGCACGGGCGCCAUCACCUCGGUGGCGGCCUCGGCGACCAACGAGCUGUUCGGCACCAAGAACUUCGGCGUCAACCACAACGUGGUGGUCGCCAACAUCCCCCUGGGCUCGCUCUGCUUCGGCUACCUCGCCGCGUACCUGUACCAGAGGGGCGCCCACGGCGGCGGCCGCUGCAUGGGCGCCGCCUGCUACCGGGACACCUUCCUCCUCUGGGGCGUGACCUGCGCCCUGGGCACGGCGCUGUGCGCGGGGCUGUACGCGCGGUCGUCGCGCCGCGCCGCCGGGAGGCUACCCCGCUAGGGCCUAGGACUAGGAGGCGCCAUGCGUGUGCGGCGCUGGUUGGCUAACGUAGGAUGGUGAUGAUGGUAACUUGAUAAGAACUAAGAAGGGACCAGAAGUUUCUGAUGCCUGGAUUUAGCUGCUUAAUUAGGUGCCACAUAAUUAGGAGGAGAAUAAAAAAUAUCUAGAGAGUACUGCUAUGCUAGGUGAUGUAGCAUAUUUUUUUCUUUUUUAAGAAAUUUUUUUUGUUAGUUUGUUGAUGACUCAACUUACAUGCAGUUCCAUGGAGGCUUUGAAAAGCCCCACGCAUGUGUAUGCUUACGGAUUGAAAAGGAACAGAGAACAUGUAAACAUUGCUUGGAAUGGCAUUCUUUUUUUCCUGGAAA